AGUUAACGGAAUCUGAAAUGUAAUUUUACGUCUUUAGAAUUGUUCAACUUGGAAUUAUCUAGGUCCUUGCAAUAUGUCUAUAAUAUGACCUAUCAGUAUAUGACUUAGCUUGUCCGUUAAAGAUAUAUGGAUAAAAGGUAAUGUUCAUUGAAAGGAUGAGAAUGUCGUUUAUGUCAAAAUUGUAACAUUACUGUGCCAUUCAGUAAAAGUAAUGAUAAGAGUUGACUGAGUUGCUUGUUCGACAGUAGUCUCUCUAAUUUUCUACUAAUCACACCACAACAAAGGCAGUCGAAGUAACUAUGACCACUAUGGUAGAUUAUAUUUACUCUUUAGACUUGUUGUAGGCUAGCGUUUUUACUUUUUACCCUAGCCUACAAAAUAUUAUUUAAGUAGUUUAAGAAUUAUUCAGUUACAAGACAAAAGGCAAAAGUAAAAGGGCUAAGGGUAGUGGAAAACCUGAAGGACAAUUCAAUAAUAGAAAGUGAAUGUUGCUGCCAAAAAGCAAAAAGGAUUAAACUGAGACUUACACAAAAUAUGAUAAGUAUGUGUUUCCACAAAAAUCACAAAUAUAAAUUAUAAAGGUUUCUUUACUUUCGAAUAUUCUAAUUCUAUGUAGUAAACUAUUCAUUAUUCAUAGAGGCAGAGGUUUAAAGUUUUUUUCAAUCUUUCUACUUUGCUGACCAGGAUUUGUGAACCAUAUACAAUUAAAAUAUUUCCCUUAAAAUAUAUCACACAAUUAGUAUCUGGGGGGGGGGGGGGGGGGUGUCNAAUAAGAGAUGUGGGGGGGGGGGGUGUGGGUGUCAUGAAAUUGCAAAGAUAUAUUUUGAGUGUGUCUAAAUUUUAUGAAAUCAGAAACAUAAUUUGAAAAAUAAAAAUAGCUGAAAAUAUAUAAUACAAGCAGGGAUUAAUAGGUCAUUUCCAUCAUUGGCUUAAUAUUAUCCCUAAUACCAGGACUGCUUUUAUACUACCUGUGUUUUGAUAACUUUUUUUCAAUCAUUCUUUCAUGAUUCAAAUUUGUUAUUUUAUCCAUGAAAUUUAUUUUUUCAAAUUAUGUUCCCAAUUUCAUAAAAUUUAGACACCCGCACAUUACAUUUUUGCAAAUUUGUGACCCCCAGCACCGAGAUACCAAUUGUGUGAUAUAAUUUUAGUCUAGAAAUAUAGGAUUUUUUGUUAUUAAUUAUAAUAAACAUAUUAAAAUUGAUUUCUUUUAUAGAUAUUGACAUAUAUUUGACAGCAGAGAAACAUGGCAAGUGAAGAAUUAUUAUCACAGAUUGAUAACACAGUGGAGUUGACAGAAAAACUUGUUCUUUUACGUACUCGGGCCCAGGAUCUGGAAAGUGUAAAGAAACUCAACUGCUGGUAUUUCAUUUAAAUAAUUGACUUUGACUUCCUCGUAAAAUUAUGCAAAUGAACGAAAAAGUAUGUAGUUUUAAACUAUCUGUGAUUUAAUGAAUAAGGAUCAUAAUUUGGGAAUAUAUUGAAAACAGAUGUGUCGUUGUUUCUCUGAUACAUUCAUAUUCUAAAAUUUGAAGACCAGAUUUAUUUUAAAUUUGAAUCAUCCAAAAAGUAUUUUUUUGUUGUGGAUUAAAAAAAAAUUUGUUUGGAAUGUAACAAUAAUAACAACCCCCCCCCCCCCUCCCGACUCCCACAACAACAAACAAAAUUUUGAAUCUAAUUUGAGCUUCAUAGAUAUAGAUAAAAAAAAAUUUUUUUGAAACAAAAAAAAAAAAACACCCCCCCCCCCCCCCUCCCGACUCCCACAACAACAAACAAAAUUUUGAAUCUAAUUUGAGCUUCAUAGAUAUAGACUAAUUUAAUGCUCUACAUUUCAGGGCCUCUAACAUUAAAGAUGUAAGUGUUGUGCGUCGCUUGCCAAAUCUGGAGGUUUGCAGUUUAAGCAUCAACAAGUUGACAACGUUGAGAGAUUUUGCCCACUGCUAUAAUCUUCAGGUAAUAUCAGCAAUAAUGAGCAAUAUAUAUGUGCAUUAAAUUUUCUUUUUUUCCCACUUAAAUGUAACUCACACGUUUAAUUGGUCAUGACAAAAAUUGAAGAAAAAAAAUUCACAUUAUUUAUUAUAAUUUAUUUAUUAAUUUAUUAUCUGGCAAAUUAAAAGACAAUAUGUGUUGGAAUUAAUUAAAUCUGUUAGGUUAUAUAUAUAUAUAUAUACAUACACAUCCGUGAUUAGAAAAAGCAUGACUAAAACAUAAUAAUGACCAUUUUGCUCAAGUUUUCUGAACAGAACCUUCUUGCUGUGCUAAAAUUACUUAGGAUUAUAAAAAAAAGAAUUAUUUUAGUGCCACAAGAGGCUUGGGGCUGGCUUCCGUGGAUAAGUUUCCAAUCCGAUGUUAAUGCUAGUCACUGUGUUGAAUUUAGGAGCAAGUAAAUUUUAUGGCUGACUCUCCUAUUUUAAUUUUUUUUAAUGUUAAGAUUACAAUUUAAAGGUACAGUCACAUUGGGGAUUUGUUGCAGCCAAUCAGUGAUGAAUCCAUGUUGAGAAUCCAUGACACAGAUAUCCUAUGCAGGUGUUCACACAGAGUAGACACAAAUAUGGCUUCUGUUGCAGAACUUUUGUUUAUAUUUUAAUUUUAUGUUAUUUGCUAGCACAACAGUCAGCAACCUGUGGCUCUUUAAAUGAACAAUUUGUCUUUUUUCUUAUUCUUAUAAAAUUGAUUUAACCAAAUACCGCCCACGCAGGGGGAAACACAUAAAAUAAAUAAUCUUUAAUUAGCCCCUUUUUUAAAAACAAGACUUUGUUCCUCUAGUCAUUUCUCAUCUUGCCCACUCCAGUAAAAUAAAACUUGAAAUUGAUUUCACAAAUUUUAAUAUUCAAACAGCAAAAAUAUGCCCAAUGACUGGAUAGUGCCACUAUCAAAUACAAUGCAAUCAUUAAAAUUUGUAAACAAGCCCCAAGAGCUGAUGACAAUGCAUGUGCAAUGUUAAAAAUUUGAUUCAAUGGUUUUUGUACUUUGCCAGCCGACAAUAUACUGCGCCUCUCAAACAAACCAGUGUAAUGAAACUUGCUGGACCCGUUUUUUUUUUUUUUUUUUGUUACAGCAAAUAGCACAUGGUCCCAGAAAGUUGAGCAUCCCUGUAAAAAAUCCUCAUUGUGACCACCUAACUUAACACCCCAAAAAAACACUCCACUAUGGUUUUUGUACUUUGCCAGCCGACAAUAUACUGCGCCUCUCAAACAAACCAGUGUAAUGAAACUUGCUGGACCCGUUUUUUUUUUUUUGUUACAGCAAAUAGCACAUGGUCCCAGAAAGUUGAGCAUCCCUGUAACAAAUCCUCAUUGUGACCACCUAACUUAACACACCAAAAAAACUCUCCACCUUUAUUCAAUCAUCUUGUUUCAAGGAACUUUAUGUCCGCACCAACAACAUCCAGUGCCUGGGGGACAUCCAUUAUUUGAAGAACUUGCCCAAACUCCGCUCGCUGUGGCUGUCUGAGAACCCCUGUGCUACCAAAGACAACUACAGAAUGACAGUUUUGAAAACCCUCCCCAGGCUGCAAAAGCUAGACAAUGUUGGUGAGCUGGAUUCUUCGUAGCCUAUAGAUAUUUCUGCUGUUAGCUGCCUAAAGUGUACAAUCAUAUCUAGAAAUGUGUAAUUCUUAGGUCUGCUGCCUAAAGUGUACAAUCAUAUCUAGAAAUGUGUAAUUCUUAGAUCUGCUGCCUAGAGUGUACAACCAUAUCUAGAAAUGUGUAAUUUUUAGGUCUGCUGUUAGCUGCCUGGAGUGUACAACCCUAUCUAGAAAUUUAUAAUUUUUAGGUCACUUGUUUUUUUCCUUUAGUUGAAUCCUAAUUGCAGGUUGCUUGAUGAUGCACUACUUUUCUGUCGAUCUGCUGCAAAUACAUUGCAGCUGAACGUCUUGAUCUUUUUGUAGAGUAUAGUAGUUUGGACCACUAGUUCACAGAUAUUUAGUGCUUUCUUCGGGGAUAGCACGCAAAUACAAAUAUUUUGUACUGAAAAAAACCCACCAAAAAAACAGAUGUAUUCAAACAGACGUUGCCUCUUUUGGAUAGCUGGGGGCAAGAGUAAAAUCUAGAAAUAUUUUACACUUGUUCAGAUAAAGAAAUGUUUUACACUUGUGCAGGUCUAGAAAAGUUUUAAUUUUGCACUGAUUUAGAAGUGUUUUACACUUGUUCUGAUAUAAUUACUAAGAAGUAAUUAAAUGGUUUUCAUUUCUGCCUUACUGCUCCUCGAAAUAUUUCUCCUACUUCGUCAGUCAUCAGAUGUAAACUGGCAUACUAAAUCAAUUAUAACUAUUUCAACUUAAAACAUUUUUUGUUGUUGAAGAGAGCAUGUAUCCUGGUCACAUCCAGGCUGUCUUUUGUCACCUGCCUAUUCCUACUUAAUAAAACACCAGUUUGGUCGCUUCAGGUAAAUCAUAAUGUAGAAUUAAUAAGUUUGAUUAAUUUUAUUGCCCCGCAGUUGUAACAGAAGAUGAACUGACAAGGGCUAAGACGGAGGGAGAUGAUGUACCUAUCCCUGAGGACUUUUCAUAUUCAAGCGUCUUUACUGAUGCCACCAGCUCCAGCACUGAGGAUGAUAAGGAGGUCGACAAAAGCGGUCUGUCUGAGUCCAGCAACAAGUGGGCGUUGCCAAGGAGGAAACGCCACCAGAAAAAAAGAGAGGACCAAAUCAAAGAGAGGCUGAGCCUAGAUGAUGGCAGCAUCAAGAGUGGUGAUGAUGGCGACGUUAGUGCAACCAGUAAAGAAGAUAUCAAAUCUGAUGGUGAUGUUAGCCCAAGAACCUUUAAAGAAGAGAACAAAUCUGAAGGUGAUGUUAGUGCAACCGGUAAAGAAGCUAUCAAAUCUGAUGGUGAUGUUAGUCCAAGGACAUUCAAGGCCGACAUCAUAUUCGAUGGUGAAGUUAGUGCAAAGACCUUCCAGGAAGACAUUAAAUCUGAUGUUGACAUUAGUGCAAGAAGUGAGGACUGUAGUGCUAUUAGUGAAGAUGCUAACCUGAAAAAUGAGAAAAAAGUUUUACAAGUAGAGAAAAAUUUGACCAUUAAGUCUGAUGUUAAGUCAGAACAUAGUAAAGAAGAAAAUGAAUUGGAAAAUGGUCAUAAUAACAAUGAUAUUCACGCAAAUGAGAUGGGAGAUAAGAAAGAUUUAAAAUUUUGUAAGGAAGCCAUAGUUGGCCCAGACAAGGAUGCUUCCGAGGGGACAUAUGGAGAGGCAGCAUUUGAACUGCCAUUAAAAAGAUGUUAUGGCAAAACACAUCUUGCCAUUACUGUUCCAGAAGUACUUCAGACACUUCAUUUGGAAGGAGGGGGUCUUGACCUUGACCUUACUCAUGAUGAAGCCAAACCCACGCCGGCAGCAGGUAUUGAAACCAUGAGCAUUUACCCCGCCCCUGGUGGCGAAAACAUCAAUAAUUCAGCCACAGAGUCUGGCACAGCUUUCAAUGAAAACAGUCUGCGUGUAGUUUCCUUGUUGGACAGGAUACAGCUAGAUGAUGUGGCAGAUUCCACCGAUGUUGUGCGUUCUGUGGAUUUCAGUCAGGAUGGCCGUGACGGAUCUUCAGACCAAACUGUGUUAACACCAGAAAUAAACCAUCUUGACAAUGCUACUGUUACAACUCUAACUCAGUCAGGAUGUGGAGAAAUGGAGUUGACGACACUGGCUGCCAAGGAGAAAACCGAGCCCAUUGACUGGGAAGAGUACAAGUAAGCAAAUAUUCAUUAUUGUUGACCUACCCAGUUCUUUGUUCUCUAUGGAAUACCAUUGUAAAACCUUCAGCCUAAAGGCAAAAAAUAGUGUGUGGGGGGGGGGGGGCCUCUAAAUUAAUAACGUUGAUCAAACCAAAUUUUUGUAUUUCAAGUCACUAAGGAUUAUGUUAAGGUUUUGAUCAUCAUAGACAUUCAGAUACAGAGAACAUUGUGGAAUGUGCCAUUUUGGCCUGCUGCCAUGGUGAAGAAUUUACACACUCUCCUCAGCUGUUUCAUUCAGGUCUCAUUGAACAAAGCUGUUGGAUUUAACAAUUUAAACUUUUGUCAAAUAUUAAAUAGUCAAAUUAAUUUUAGAAUGGAGGUAGUCCUAGUUCAACUACUUGGAUUUAAACAUAAAUAUUAUCUCUAGACAUGGCUUUUUUUUUUCCAACUUUCCCAGCCGCCUUAGAAUUCAAGUUGGAGUCAAACCCAUGAACAAAGUAACAAGUACAACGAAGUCCAUUAAUUCUGAUAUCUUGAGGACAAGGGUAGGUACACAUUUGCACACUCUGUUUUAAAAAAGGAAAUGUAAACAACCCCCCCUCCCCCCCAUUUCUUUUCCCUAAACAAAACUGCUUGGAAUAAUCCCCUCUAGGUCCAGGCAGCAGUAAAAUAUUAUAAUAAUAUUUAUUAUAGCACUGAAUAUUUAAUUUUUUUUCUUCAGCUGAUCCCCAUUUAUUAUUGCUAUACCUGGAGAAAUUCACACAAAAAUUGGGGAGGGGAUGGGUAACACAUUGUUUUGUUUAUUAUGGGCUUUGAAUUAAUUUCUAACAUUUAUCUUUUGUGGGUGUGGUGGGGCCCAGGUGAGAGGAGAGUUUAAAUAGUUAACAGUUAUGCAUCAAACACACUGUACACUUGACAGUCUCAAAAUGAUGAAGAUAAACUCAAUAUUAAUUAUCAGUGUGUACCAUAUGAAAACAAGAUAGUGUUGUGAGGAAAUAUGAUGAGGAGUGAGUCUCAGCUGGUAAACAAAACAAUGUUUGACUUAUGACCAAGGGGCUGUAAUAAAAAUUUGGAAUUAAAUUGUUUUAAUUUUUCUCCAGAAUUCAAACAUCUUAAAUGCUGUCCUAAGUUUAGUGAAGGAAUUGGAUAAAGAUAGUUUGGAUAUUGUAUCAAGUGCUGUCAAGUCAAGAUUGGACACCUUUAGCUGAUUUGUAUCAUGGCCUUGAAGUGAAAAGUACUAAAGUUUAGUUUACGAAAGAGAAAGGUAGACAGCAUGUUUUUCAUUUCACACAUUCUUUUAAACAAUUUUUUUACAUGUGAAUGAUGAAAAAAAAUAUUUUGGGAAAACAAAAAAACAACAACACACAUUCAAUUAUAAAAUUAUCAUUAUUCUUCAACCACAAACAACACAUAAACAACAUUUUCAAAAAUAUGUUAACAAUAUUAAAGUUUGUACUGUGAUAAUUGACUUUUUAAAGAAUAUGACAAGCACCACACCCCCCCAUUAGUUAGGGCCAUGAAGAUGUACAUGCAGCACUGGGGAAACAAAGAACUGUUUUGUUUGAUUUAAAAUUUGUUUUGUUAUUACCUCACAUUCCAAUGAAGGCCUCAUGCAGUAAUCUCUGUGUAUUUCUAUAUAAUGACCUGCGGGCAUUGAAAUGUUUAUUCACACUGAACAUACUAGUAGGACUGUGGUGCUACAAUUCCUUACUGAAAACAAUAUUCCAAUUUCUUUUUUACCUCAUUAAAACUGAAGCUCAUAAAUUUUGUUUGUCUCCCACACUGUCAGAAACCGCCAUACACAGAGAAUUCCUGCUAGCAUUUUUUGGAUUGUAAUCCAAUUAAUAGUAUCUAUAUGUUGAAUAGAUUCUUCCGUCCAGUAUUGUAUAACAAAUUUAUUAUUCUAUUUGUACCUUUUACCCUGUUAUCAAUUUCUGUGUUCCGAUUAAUUGGAUUGACAUGAUGCCUUAAGAGUAUUCAUGGAAAUAAUAGAUUAAGCAAACCUUUCUGCACUUUUUUGGCCUAAAAUGUUUUUAUGUGUUCUGAUCAGUGUCAUCAGUAACUACGUAUAGAUGUAAGUUAUACAAACUUAAUUAUGAAUAAUGCAGCAAUCAAAAUAUCCUUCACGGCUAUUGUCUUUACAAAAUAUUGGUUGCUUAAUGGAUUAAAAUAAAAAAAUGGGACAACUGAAAUGCUUCAAAACAGAGCAAUGUUAAUUUAAAAACUAAGUAUUAAUGGCUAUUAUUUUUCUUUAAUUUCAUCAAAUGCUUUUAUAUUUUAAAAUGAUAGGUUGUGUGAAUCCAUACAGGUUUGUUAUAUUGAAGCUGUCCCAUAUCUCCUCACAAUCAAAAGAGGUUCAAACUUGUUUUUGGAAUAUUCUCAUUGAAAAUCAUAUUUGGUAUAUUAUAUGAUGAAAACUGUUUCAGUAUGAAAAUUAUUUUUUCCAAAAAUUACUACAUUAUUUGUGUUCUUAUAAUUCUUUCAAAAACAUUGUGUACACUUAUUUAUUUAUACUAACAUUCGAUUAUGUCAUUUUAUUAUUAUUUUUCUUACAUUUUUAAAGACUUAUCUCUAUUACACAACUAUUAUUUUAUUUUUGUAUGGUUUUGAGUCGUAAGUUGAAAUUUUUCAGGAAUGAAUCUUUAAAACUUAUAUAAUUUAUAGACUAUGCCGUCCCCUAGUAAAUAUUUAUGAAUAACAUUGUUUAGACAAUAUAAAAAAAAUGUUUAUGGUAUCUUCAGCAUCUUUCUGGUCAUAUUUAUUUGUUUUUGUAUCAAUCGAGCCAAAGCCCAGGUCAUGUAUUAUAUAUUUCAUACAUUUAACAUACUAAUUGCACAACCAAACAAAACCACUUGACCAUCUCACCCAAUGUAUCACACAAACCUCGUUAUAAUCUCUAAUACAAA